CAUGGUUAUAAUAACAAAAACAAAUAUUUUGACAUUUGUAAAACAUCUUCUGAAGGAGAAAAAAAAAGAAAGGUUCUUGAAAUUCUUGUUUUUUGUGUGCAUUUAUGGAAAAAUGUCCUCCCAUUUUGUGAAUGUACUACGACAGGCUUUGAAAACUUUCGACCGAGCCAAUCAGACUGCGUUCAAAAGUAAUUUAACUUUAUUGAAACAGUUGACAGAUCAACUUUCCUACCGGGACAUACAAAUCAAUCAGGAUGAGUUGUUUAACGAUGAUUUAUUUUUGCGUCCGGGCAGGGCACCAUGUACUUUUAUGCAUAUAUUCGAAAACGAAACCGUUUCCAUGAGUGUCUUUAUAAUGCGCGGAGGUUAUACGAUGCCGCUGCAUGAUCAUCCUUGUAUGCACGGUUUACUUAAAGUUUUGCAUGGUCAAUUGAAAAUACAAUCCUAUACACAGGAUGUGAAAGCAAAUGAAACGUUAAACAACAAGCAGAUUACAAAAGAGAUAGACGUUAUAAAGGAAGAGGUAAAAUAUAUGAAACCGAAUAUGGACUGCACCUUGCUAACGCCUAGAGAAUGUAAUUAUCAUGAAAUCACAGCCGUAGGAGGUGUGGCAGCAUUUUUCGAUAUAUUAGCCCCGCCUUAUGAUGCCGAUGUGCCCGGUAUUGGUCCCAGAAGAUGUAAUUUUUAUGAAGCGAUUACAAAGCCCAACCUCGAGGCUGAUAGUGGUGGCGAUGCCAACAAGCCACGAACACUAGCGAUACUUCAGCGCAUACCUGCUCCCUUAACAUACUAUUGUGACACAACUGAAGCUCAUGAAUCCGUUUUGGAAACCGCAUUUCUCUGUUCCAAGGAAGCGUAUAGUGUUUUGCCAUAAUUAGCGUACGUUUAAAAAAGUUGAAUACUAAUAACAUUAGUGGAAAAACGCUUAGGAAUUGAUGUAAAACAGAAGCCAAAUAAUUAUUUAAGUCUGUGUUUAUUUGUUUGUUAUUUUAGGAGUUGUACUUUAUUAAUUGAAUUAAAUAAAGUUCAAACAUCACACUCAAUAAGUAAAUAAAUCGAUGUAUAUAUAGGUUUAAAGAUUACUUUAAAUAA